UUUUGGCCAGUGAACAUCGAGCACUGGCCAAAACCUUGCUCCACCUUUCACUUUUAAUACAACUUUGUUUAGAACAGAACAAAAUUAAAGAACGUAAUAUGUUAAAAAUGCUUUUAAUUGAAAUAUUUUCCAACAUCUCAAUGUUUCGCGUGCUCCACUAUCUGUCUAUCCGAUUGGAAGGCCUCGUCGUUUGUGUCAUCGUGUCAUCUAUGCGUUCGAAGAACUCGCCGCUUCAAGAGAGGUACGGCGUGGGAACCCUCGACUUGUGAGCCCAAAAUAUUGCGUUUAACUAUUGUUCUCAUUGAGGAAGUGUCGCUUCGAGAAGCCCCGCGAUGAAUAUACGGUGCGCCAAGACGGAAGACCUGAUGAACAUGCAGCACUGCAACCUCCUGUGCCUGCCCGAGAACUACCAGAUGAAGUACUACUUCUACCACGGACUCUCGUGGCCGCAGCUCUCGUACGUCGCCGAGGACGAGAAGGGCAAGAUCGUCGGCUACGUCCUGGCCAAAAUGGAGGAGGACUCCGACGACGACCCCCACGGCCACAUCACGUCCCUGGCCGUGAAGCGAUCCCACCGACGACUAGGGCUCGCCCAAAAGCUCAUGGACCAGUCGUCGCGAGCCAUGGUCGAGUGCUUCAACGCCAAGUACGUCUCCCUUCACGUCCGAAAGAGCAAUCGCGCUGCCCUGCAUCUGUACACCAACACCCUGGGAUUCACCAUCAACGAAAUCGAGCCCAAGUAUUACGCCGACGGCGAAGACGCCUACGCCAUGAAGCGGGAUCUGGUCGGCUUCGCGACCCAGAACAAGCUGAGCCCCACCGAUCCAGUCAGCUUCUUCGACAGCAAGGCUGGCAAGAGGGAUAAGGAGGUGGACAGUGAGAAGCACUAACUGGGUGCCGCCAUUGUUUUUCCGCUUACUGUCACUCUUGGAGAAGACGCAUUUGAAGUGGACACUGAGAAGCAUCGACUAUGCGCCACCAUUGUUUGUCUGCUGACUGUCUCGCCUGGAGGAGACACAAUUGGCUGCGAAGAAAGUCAGGAGGGAUGCAUAAUUUUGUAAAGCGAAACAUUACUUGGUCGUCGCCAUUCUUGUCUACGAAGCGCACAAGCUCAGGCAGCGACUGGGUCCCACUGUCGUCGUCCGCCAAGUUUCGCAGAAGAAAGCCAAUGAACAGCGUAUUUGAACAGGAUGUCGGUAUUGUUGUCUCCCGACUGUUACGCGUCUGCUAUAGUCACUGACGAAGUGAGAACGACAGGACGUGUCUUUAAAACACCCAGCCUCCGGCACGCGCUCCGUGCCUUCCACCAUGCUUUUGCUGCGCUCACACGCUCAAGGUGCACAUAACGUCGACGUAUUGUCGAAGGUAUUGAAGCUCGCGCUAGAGGCGGGACAACUCAAGCUGCUUCCUGCCGUUUGCACCUCGUUAACUAUUCACACUGCUUGGACAGUGCGUCUCAGCAUACCUCUGGUGACGAGACAAUACGUUGUGUUGAUUGGUGUGGCGCCGAGUUGAUGUGCCUUGUCUAGGGCAUGCAAGAACAGAAACGGAAGGGACUGGUCCUUAAUGUUAGUAGGAGGUCCUGGACAUAAAGCAAAUAAACAUAAACGAACCUCAA